UAGUCGGUGUCUGUGUGUAUAUUGUAAGCACACAUAUAUGUAGAGUCUAUAUGCUUCUAUACCACGAUGAAUUGCUCAAAUACUUUCACUCUCAAAACGUCCCUCCCCUCUCUACACACGCAUAAUUCUCCAGAUAAAUACAGAGGAGCGUUCCAAUCAAAAAUGAAUUUCACAACUGCUAGUCGCAGCACCACGAUCAUAGUGAUCGGUUGUUCCGUUCUUGUGUUGAAAAAUGUGCUCUUUUCGCCGGAAUAAUUUUUUUAAUAGAUUAACGAAAUAGUUUUGGAACCGCAAUAACACAAUCCACAUACACAAUAGAUUUUGAGUGUAUUCAUAUCUACAUGUUAUGUAUGGUGUCAUACUGUGAUUAUUAAGUUUCUUCAUUCUCCACUCAUUCGAUUCAACAAGACCGUAGUUCUAUACGAAGUGCAGGCAUAGACAUUGGACACAGUUCAGACUGAUAAAAUAGACAGAUGUAGCAACGGAGUGUGAAUAAAAGACAUAGUUUCGAUAAUAAUUUUUCUGGAAAUAAUAAAACGUUUUCGGUUUUUGAUACAUUAAGAGAACGUUGCCAAAGUAUGAUAAGCAUUACAUAUCGAAUGAUGAUUUAAUUGAAAUGUGUGUUUGAAAAGACUUGUAAAGGGUGUUGUGAUUUAACUCGAAAUUACUACCGUUUUUUAUGCUGCUAAUAAAGCACUAUUCUCAACAUAAAUUAUAACGAUAAAACAGUAGUUUGAAAUUUAAAAAAGGGUGUGAACAGCCAAAUAAUCUUCGUAAAAUAUUCGGCACGGCUUUGUUGUUGCAAAGAAGUGUUUCUCCAACACUUGAUAUGAAUGGUGAAAUAUAACCGCAGUGAAAAAUAAAUGUUUUUUCUGAAAAUCGAUAUAAAAAAUGAACAAUUGUGAAUGAGCAACCGUUCGAUUGAAGAAAUUUAAAGAGCAUUUUUAACUAAUGACAAAAUAUCGCACAGAAAGAGGAGAUAGAGAGAGAGAGUGCGAUCAACACAGCAUAAAAUCCAGCUUAGUUAUGUUCAGCGCGCACGUUGAACGGAAAUGAGUAAUAUAAUUUGAAUUUGAAACUUGUUUCCACGUUUGAGUCAUCACGACCACCAGUCGUUUGAGUCAUCGUCAUCACGAGAACAGAAUUGUACUGCGUUCGCUAACCACAUACGUCGUGUGCAGACAAUCAAUUUGGAGAAUAUUGAAAGAAACUGUUUUGUGAGUGAAAAAAGAGAGCGAGCAUUUCCAGACAUUGAAAAUACACAUUGUUUUUGCUCUUGGUCAUCGAAAAGCUCGACAGAAAAAUGGAGAGAUCCAACGCAAGCCGUUUUAAUGCGCGUCAAGUCACUGACGAUACCUUUGAUUCAACCAAUAGAAAUAUGCAUGGAUUUUCUUUCCAGGUUGGACUUAUCCAGCUUUAUGCCCUGCGCGCGAAAAAAAUGGGCUACGAAUUUCGGCUCGCAAGCGAAAUGGAUGCGGCAGAUAAGUUUGAUGAUGUCGUGUUUGACCACAUCGUUGGAAACAACGAUGAACACUAUUGGAGUUUUGUUCAAACAAAACACAAACUCGACGAUAAUGCUACCAUCAAAGGCUCCGAAUUAGAAGAGAUUAUAGAUAAGCCCCCAUUCGGUAUUGCGAAAUAUUUUUUAUCUUUUGUUCUAAUCAAUCGGAAUUUUGAGAACAAAUACAAAAAGGAGAACUUAAAAGACUUUGUUAUGGUUACGAAUGCAAACUUUGAUUUUGAAGCAACUAUUAAAGGAAAACCCAAGCCAACGCUGGAAUGGAAUGAUCUUUUUAUGGAGGACAGUUUUGAAGAGAAUGACAACGACAUUUUGAAUCUUAGGAAUUUUGCCGUGAAUAGAUACCGAUUUUCCGAUAAAAAUGAUAAACUCAAGUUAUUUAUUCGCAAGAAUUUAGUGGAAAUCCCUAAAAACUCGAAACAUAUUUCGCAAUUUGCCGCAAUUCAAAAAUUGUUUGAACUGAGUGCUAAAAACUUGUCCUGUACUACUGCGUUUGAAGAGUGCUUUGCCGAAUUUGUGCAGAAGUUUCGAUUUGUCACCAAUUUUCCGAACGAAGUGAAGUUAAGGGAAUAUAAUGAGAGUUUACUCAAAGGUGGCAACAAAUUAUGGAAUGUUGAUUUAGCAAAUUCUGCGUUUAUUGAAAGAAUUCUGGACCUUAUGAAUUCUAAGAAGGGAGAGAAUGUUUAUUUAACAAAUCGUUUUGAAGAUGAACUAUUGAGUGAAAUCAAUGGUAUACUCGCCUCUGGCUUUAGUAUGGCCUACUGUGAGGAUUUGGAUGCACAUAAAAUGCAUUUCGAUGAAGAAUCGUCAAAUUUUGAUGAACUUUCAAAAAAUUUAAACAAAUUUUUAAAUGGAGAACAACAAGAACGGCAAGUUAUUUACCUUCGCACUCAGUCCACACUAUUGAGCGCCAUUAAAGUGCGUCAAAUACUGAAGAGGCAUGGGAUUUAUAAGAAUAAAGACGGUUUCAUUUUAAUUCCAUUCAAAAAACUAUUACACGAUCGAAUAAAGCAGUUUGUUUUUGACGCAUUAAGAAAUCGUAAAAGUCAUCACCUUUUGGUAAUCUAUUUUGAGGACGAAAAAACGCUGAUUUCAAUUGACGAUCAAGUCAAAGACAUACUCGAUGAGCUACUGACUCUUCUGAAAGAGAUAGAAUCAAAGAAGAGUAGUUCUGAAAAUGGGAUAGAAUCAAAGAAAAAAAUCAUUUUGAUCAGUCAAAACCCAGAGAAUUGGAUUAUCGGUAAAAAAGACCAGUCAAAACCCAAAGAUUUGGAUUAUCAAGAAGAAAAAGACACCACUUUAUUCAAAGAUUUAGAUUGCAAAUCCCAAAACGUGGUACUCGGAACGAAAGUCAAUUUCCAAGGAACAAUCAUGAACUUAAGUGAACUCAUCGAUAGAGAUUAUGGUGUGAAAUUCUUUGACGCGGAAAUAGUCACGAGACUUUUGAAUGGGAAUAAAUUGAAGAUAGGCAACGAAAAUGUAUUCUCUUCCAGUGGCUACGUGGAAGAUGAUUACAUCGGAAAUCCUCAAAUGUAUGAAUCUACGGUGACGACUAGUACGCCUGAAAAGAAGAAAAAAAUGAACUAUGACGAGACGAAUGAAAGUGAAGUCAAAUGGAUUGUGCAUAUCAAUGCCAUUGAUUUGUGUAGCAACGAACUUGUAGAAAAUAAUGAUGAAAGAUUCGAAAAAGUUGCGAAAAUGGCAAUCCCAGGAGAUGCAACGGAAGAUAUCGAUAUAGAAAUACAACAAACGCUUUUCAAAUCAAGUUUUAACGCUAAAUUCAAUUUUAAGAGGCCAAAAAUUGAGCUAAUGGUCGAAAAAAUCUGUCCGAACUACGAAUUGAAUGUCAAUAAUCUGAUCGAGGCUCUGAAGAAAAGCAACCCUGCAAAAAUUCGGGUCAAGACUCGUCCUUGUCAAUGUCAUUUGCAGAAAGUGUUAUGAGAAUGACACCUCUUCACCAUGCUGCUGCAAACGGUCAUAAGGAGAUCGUUCAACUUUUCAUUAGUUGAUUCAAUAGACAACAAUGGAAGAACCGAAGAAUACCUUAUUAUCUGACUAUUUAAGUAAAUUGAGUCAUUAAGUUUAGUUUUGCAAGAGGUUAUGAAUGAACGUAAAAGUAGAAGAAUUAUAACAGUGCGGAAUUCAAAUUUAUAUGAAAUUUUUUUAGCAAACAACGAUGUAGAUUAUAAGAAAAAACUAAUAAAGAGAUUAAUAUGAAAUAAAAAAA